AUGAAUACAGUGUAUUCUAAUCCUGAGAAUUUACCUGUUGAGAACGUUACGCUUUCAGCUGCAAACGACGGUGUAGUCCAGAUAAUAAAAGCUUUGGACCCAUACUGGGUUGAAAAAAAAAAUCUAAUACUAUAUGAGAAGCCGCCAACAAGCAGUGGGAUGAUUAUAGGAGCACUGGACUCAUGGAGAUCGAAAAUGUCACUGUAUCUAGAGAACUUAAAAUGGCUGCUAAGUUUAGAACACCAUAGAUUUUGGAGCACAGUUCUCUAUCACCCUCAGUGUAUGGAUUCUCUUAUUUCAUUCCUUCAAGAAUCCUCUCCGCCAUACAUUCCACCACAUGAAUGUAAAGAAAUUCAAAACUUAUAUGAAGAAAUCAGAAGGCUAGUUUUUGUUGCAUUUAGUAGACUGAUUACGAAUAAGGAGAGUAAGACACAAUGGAUGACCAAGGAACAUAUGGCAAGUUUAAUAUAUGACAAUUUUAUAUUUACAAUACCGGUAUUAUGGGAUAUAUGUUUAACAUAUGGUGUAGACAAUAGCCGACAUGUCUCAAGGCUUGUAGAGGCUGUGUAUACACUGCAGCCUAGGUACGAAGGCGAUACUGCACAGGCACUAGUUUUUGUACACGAGGCCUUCAAAUAUAUAAUUUUACAAGUAAAUAAAGACUAUGAUUGUGAGGAUCCACCAAAUUUACCUGAAACAUUUAAAGGUUUUGGGGAAAUAAGACGACCUACAAAUUCCAAAGGACAAGAGAAGCUCACAUUUGACGCACUUCGAGAUCUGGUUGUCCAUAUGCUUGAUUCUGCCAUGACCUUAAAAAUAUUUGUAGAAAUCUACUCAAAGGCUGUGCAUAUAUUAAAGAGUACAAAUUUUAUUUUAAGUAUAGUUCAAGUGUACGAGUAUGGAAUACCACAUCUAUAUGAGAAGUUAGAGGAGGUCGGUGACCCCACACGUGUUAGUUACACAGAAGUCGAAGAGUUCAUUGACCUGACCAGAUCAGAACUCAUUGAUAUAUUCAGAGAGGUGCUGGCUGUGUACAAGAAUGCUAUUUUCAGCGGAGAAGGCAAUAUAUCAAAUAAUGUUGAAGCUUAUCUGUCUGUCAUGAUGGACGCGCUGUCUGAACGCCUUCUAAUAAAAGACUACCAUUCGUGCCACCCGGUACAUGAAGAUAUUGAUAUGCUGCGACAAGCUUAUCCUGCUAUUGAUCCAGUAAAAACAGAUUUUAUAUUACAAGCGAUAUACUCCAACCUGGAUGAUGAAAUACCGGAACGUGACCAAAGACAAAGUGAGCCUAGAGAAAUAAACGGCCAUCUUGAAACCAUAGAUAUACCGUCAUCUUCCAAAGACAUUGACAUACCAGAUAACGUCAGAGAGCAAUCUUUAAUCAGUGAGGUUAAGGACAUAUUGCCGCAUCUGGGAGAUGGAUUUGUUUUAAAAUGUCUGGAAUAUUACGAAUUUCAGGUUGAUAGGGUUGUGAAUAGUGUUUUGGAGGAUACGUUGGCAGAACCAUUAAGAAAAUUGGACAAAGACUUACCAAUAAUCCCAGAAGAUCCAGUAGACAGAAAGUUCCUAGAAACAGGAGUGGAAAGACUUAACGUGUUUGAUGGAGACCAGUUUGAUAUAAUGACCCGUGAUGAUGUGGACCUGAGCAAGAUUCAUAUUGGGAAGAGGAAAUCGAAGUACAAAGACCUUAAGGAUAUGUUGAAUGACAAGACGGACGUGAAGACCAGGGUUGAUAUAUAUAGCAAAUAUAAUCUGGUGUGUGACGAAGAAGCACUUUACUCGGAUGAGUAUGAUGACACGUAUGACUCAGAUGGCAUAGCCCCAGCUAAAGAUAUGACAGAUGACACUAGGAGACCAUUUGUGACCCCACGUGCUUUGCUCAACACCAAAAAGGAUGUUGAGGAAUACGAUGAAUCGGAGAGUGAAGACGAGAAAUCAAGUCAGGAGAAGAACGAUAGAAGAGAUUUCUGUGUCAAUCCGGAAGAGAUGAGAGCUAGGCGAGAGGCUAACAAUGCUAGGGGAAGGAGAAAACCCCCACCUGCCAGAAACAUUGACGUCGCAGGCGCUCCUAAAGGUCAAGGGCAGACGAAAGAUGUCCUCAACAAUAGAGAUCGGAAAGAGAAGCACAAAUCUUCGAGAGCUAACCAUAAUAGAAGACAAGGAGCGCAAUGGAAACGGAGUCAGGGCAUGAUGCCAUCAUAG